ACCAAAUUUCGAGAAAUUUCCUCAAAUUGUGUGUAUGCCCGGAAUACGAAAAACAAAAAAAAAGCUCAGUGUAAUUUCUAUUACAUUUUGUCACAUGGACUGUGUGAUCAGCUACCGCGACCCCUGUUCCGCCAGCCUAAACGAGGACGACAAUCACACCAUCAAGCUGGUUGGAAAUGCCCAGCGGAAGGCCGUCACCUUGGCCAAGACGUGCGAGAACACCAACGAACUGCGCGAAUGCCGUGCCCCCAAGGACUGGUCCAUCCUGGCGCUGCAAAACUCCCGAACCGGCAAGUCGCACUACCUGGUGAUCUGCAAGUGCCCAGCGCACUACCGGCUUGAGGGACCACUUGCCCAUGAUCAGCCCACGUAUGCCGGUUUGCCCGGAAUCAACGUGUACGGUAUGCUGUGCGUUCCACCAGAAUCCUACGCCCCAAAGCCCCUCAAAACGCCCAGUUCUCAGUCGAUCUACAACAAGUGGAAAGUCCGUCCAGCGCCAGUUUCGUCCUAUCGCGAUACCGAGUACCGAUCGUUCCAGAAUGAGACCAUUGCGGCUGCCGCUACGGAAUGAGCCAGGACAUAAAAUUCGAGCGAGAGGCUUCAACCACUGAGAAAUGAGAGAAAGAGACGAAGAGUAUGCUUCAUUCUCGACAGCCAAACCGAUUAGUCUUCGUGAAUAGUAUUUAUUACAUAUAUUAUUGUAUUUAUUACAUGAAGAGUAUUUAUUUUAUUCAGAGUAGCUUCCACUUGGAAGAACACUAUUGUUUAUCGAUCGGUAUGGAGAUUUAGGCAUAUCAGGGUCAGUCAUUCACCGCAGAAUGAUAUUGUUCGGAGGACGCAAGGUCGGCUCCCUGUAGGAAAUACUAAGAAUGCUUCAAACAAUUGCUUCAACAACUCCAAAUCAAUUGAAAUGACUACAUUUAUUAUUUUAAUAACGAUCUUAAUUAGUCAUCUUCUUGGUCGGAAGCCUACUUUCAUUAUUCACCACGUAGAACUGAAACGCAAGAUGAUGAUUAAUUAACGCAACCCAUUUUUAAUGACACGAAAAUACAGGCUAUAGACAUCCCUAUCUAACUCCCUUAGCCUAAAAAUAGCCACCAUGUCCCGGGCACAGUGUGCUGAUAGACCGCUGUCAGUUGCAUGAGAUGUCAACAAUCGUCAACAACACCAAUGAUUGUAGCUUGAUAAUUAAAAAUAUCCACAACAAUAAAAGAGCAGGAUUUAUUUUUAAAUUCUGCUCAAGCUUUUCACGGUGAAAUAAAAGACAAAUUGUUGUUCUCCAUGUAAGUAAAAUCAAAAUUGAUCAUGUAGAUAAGUUUUGAAUCAAUUAAACUCAUUAGUCAUAUUUAAUGAAUAUUCUCGAUUAAAGUUGCAUAAUGAAGAAAGCUGAAUUUGGAUGUUUUAUGAUGUUAAGCUUUUUUAGAUUUGACGUACGUUCACAUAGUACGUUGCUCGACGUUGGUGUUGGUGUUGGCUACGCUAAACAUGAGCGCUUAGCAUAUGCCUGCGAAAAUAGCACUGUUAUUAGAUUUUAAAAGAAACGUUAUCUCACAUGUACAUGUGAAAAUAGAAACAAACGAACGUUCGACAUACAAUGAGCAAAAAUGAAUGCACAUGAAUAAUUAUGCUCAUAUCACUUCUUUCCAUUUCCAUCACUGAAGGUGAGUCCUAAAAUUAUAGAAGGCCUCAUGCGCCGAUCAAGCCUUCAGAUGCCGCCAACACACAUAAAUCACCUUUGUUCUACGACUCGAGUGACGCAAGUUGUCUUCUUUCAUUAAAAAAAUAGCGUCUCACGCUUCGCUUGCAUCAACUGACUCGCAGAAUAGAGCCAAUUAUUUUCCCUACUUCGUUUUUGUCGCGCUCGUCAAGUGAAAUACGCAUUCCCUUCGUAGCAUCAUAAUCAGCAUUCAAAGGUAUGUAACCCGAACCUUCGUUGAAGAGAGUAAACUCAGAUGUCAAUGAAAGUAAAUCUGGUAAAAACAGCAACAUAAUAGGCAUAUCGCUUUCAGGAAAAUUGGCUUGAUCUCCCGCGCAUACGAUGAGUCGAUGGAGGUGGAAAGAAAACAAGGCAUCACAGCAGGCGAAAAAAAACUAAUAGUAAACAAUGCAGAAAACGAGAGUCUUCGUUUUUACUCACUUCAAUCUUGCGCACACGCACGAGCAUAAUAAUGAUAAUAAUAGGUUUAGUGGGAGCUACGCGCAGGUUAUUACUUUAUUACUCCAAGGGCAAAAGAGUUUAGUUUCAUUUUAAACCGUCAAGACCGUCAUUAGAGUGCAUGAAAGCAGAAAGGAAAUGAAAAGCCAACAGAUCAAUUUUUCAAAUACAAAUCAAAGCAGACAAUAUGAUGGUGACGCAUUUCAAAACCAGAGAGAAAAUUUUAUUUUUCACUCGAACCGGCAAUGCGAAAAGCCGGUAAACUGCUCAAAUGAGCGCCAAAUUAAGUUUAUCUUUUCUUGGAUUUCUCUUUUAACAUAUAUCCCAAAAAUCAAGCCUACAAGAGUACGUAUGCAUUACCGUUUGAAAUUUCCGUAACGAUCCGCAACAGAAACUACGAUUGCGGAAUCAUUAUUAUAGCUAAAACACAAUUUAUAGAGGAGGAAAUGAUGAGAGGAGGAAACACUGUUGUAAAUAUGCUUCACCACUAAAUUCCUCGCUUGAUUUUCCUUUUGAUAUAUUCCAUGAAUCCGCGAAAUAAGUGGCGAGCAGCAUCCGAUAAUAACACAUUUUAAAAAGAUUCUUAGUUUUAACCAAAACACUGACAUUAGAUAGUGUAAUGCUAUAGAUAGCGAUAAUAAAUGACUUUUCUAGCCAGACCGCGCACUUUUGCAUACUAUUACAAUAAAAGUGAAACACAAAAUCACUAACGCUAAAAGAGGGACAAUUAUGAAGUAGUUGAGAUGAAUAAACCAUACACAAAAAAAUGUGUACAAUUUGAAAAAUAAAAUCCAACCCAACCAGAGUUUCACAUCAAAUCACAAGCCCUUUCCUACCAGGAAUCUCCUGCUGGAGUAUGUAACUAC